AUGACCCCGUAUACGGAUACUCCACGUGAAACCCGUACCACCCCAAAUUCGUGGUUUGCUGCCUUUAAGACAAAUCAUCGACGUCAUCAGCUUUCUUCAAAAGAGACAAAGCUAUUCACGUCAAAAGCGCAGCGAAGGCGGAAGACGCCGACUCUUAAGCUUCAACUCAAUUACGUUCCUUUGUCAAACAUCCGAAAAUCAAGAGCUAUCUGGGACCUCGACUUCGACAACUGCCCAGUUCUUCUAAGCUUGAUGGUACAGUUCCAGAAGAGGAGUCGUGAAGUUUCACAUCAAUCGAAAGUCAACAUGGAAAAUCUGAAAGCCGACGAAUGCAGAAAAAAGUUCCGUAAAAGAAAGUCGGUCGAUAUUGGAUUACGAACCAAGAGGAGAGUGGAUAGAGCUGACUCUUUCACUGAGUGCAUUCAAGACGCUGACAAGAAAACGCUCCCAAUUUUAGCGCCGAGAAAAAAGAUCACCUUUGCAUCUGCGAAGACAAAUCCGCGAGCAGUUCUGUAUGUUUAG